AUGCGCCCCCCAAGAAUCAUCAUAGCCGUGGCCUUCUUCCUGACCACGGUAUUCUUGACAUUCCUGUCCCUACGAUCCUCGCACCCCCCUCACACCAUUACGACAACAGCGCCAGCGGCACCGAAGACGGGCCUACAAGCACUCUUCGCCUUUCGAGCGCCCUUCUCUCUCUUCCCACCGAAUGCCGUCAUCACCUUGACACACGAUAACACUACCGCUUUUCUAGCUCGGCCGGCUGCAUUUGGGCCGUAUUUGCCAACAGCUGGACUUAAGGGACAAGUGUGGAUAGGGAGUGGAUUUGGAGAUGAUAGCCUUCGACAAGGUGCAGUCGCCGCAGGGGCCGAGGGCGAGUUAGGCUGCAGUGAUGUGCCAGGGUGGGUGGAGAGCGAUGCAAAAUCUGGCGCUGCGAUAUCUGAAGGAGGAAAAUCCGGGGAUGGUAAGUCUGCGACGAUUACAGCAAGGUCGAAAUUACACAAAAGGGGUGAAGAUGGCCCCUUCGAUGACCGGGCUGCAGUGCCGGAGAAGGGAGCGAUAGAAGACAAUUCAAAGCCUUCUGCGGACGAUGGUACUGAUGACUACCUUCACCAUCCCUUGCCCGACUCAACCGUAUCGAAGUCGACAGACAAACCUACGGAUUCGAGAGCGGACCACGCGGACAUUCAGUCAAUACAAGAAGGGGCAGAGAUUUCCGGGAAAGUCGUGCUUUUGAGUCGCGGUGGCUGUGGCUUUCUGGAAAAAGUCAAGUGGGCACAGCGCCGGGGGGCAAUUGCUCUCAUUGUCGGCGACAACAUAAAGGGUGAAGGAUUGGUGCAGAUGUACGCCCGAGGAGACACAUCGAAUGUGACGAUACCAGCUGUUUUCACAUCGUGGACUACAGCACAUCUUUUAUCUUCUCUGAUCGGCCCAGGAAGCUUUAUCGAAGACAUCAUUGAUGAAAAUGGAAAGCCAGCUUUGAAGGUCCAACAUACAGACAAGCCAAAGAAGGCAAAGAAGAAGCAUGAUUCUCAGCCUACCUUUACAGUCACAGCCCCAGCCACCAAAGCAACAGCCACGUCUAAGGCGCGGAAGAAGACAUCAACUAGAACAGAAGAGAAACCGUCAGGGAUCACCACAGAAAGACCAGGGUGGUUUAAGUCUCUUUUUUUUGGUCCGAACAGAGGGGGUUCAAAGUCAGAGAGCAGCCGACCACCGAGUAGCGGGCAAUUAGAUUGGGUUCUAGUUGAUGAUUGGAAGGAUGAGCAUGGACCUGGGUCUGAGAAGAUAUCGACGAAGCCAAACAAGAAAGCAGAUUCCAGCAAGAAGACGUCGCAAAAGGGCAAGUCUAAACCAGCCAAUGGGGAUGAUUUUGUAAUUGGUGUUCAAGAUUGGAGAGAUCCUGAUCUUGUAGGAUCUUCAGGGAGCAAAGAUGCCGACACGAAUGCCAAAGGAUCCGCAAUAAAGGCAGAUGGGAAAUCAGAUGGUACCAAGAAUUCUUCUCCUCGGCCGACUUCGCCGGGGAAGAAGACUGCUGGAGGAGCUCUCCAAGAAGUUCCCGAGCACGUGCCUCCUCUUCGUGGCGGUAGCAUUACCCCAGGAAGUGGGGAGUACAACACAAAGAGUUCGCCACCAGAUGACAAGUCUUCAAAAAAGGACGACUUGAAAGGUGUGACUACAUCUGGAACCAAAUCGAAAGGACUUCUUACAACCAUUUUCGGCGAUGAUGAGGAAGACGUGGAAUUUGUGACAAGCACCUCGAGUGAGGCCGAAGACAACGUCUCUCUUGAUGAUAAUGAGGGGGAUGGCGAUGAUGAGUAUGAGGGAUUGUGGGUUACUCUAACACCUACGAGUGGUGCAAGCCCUUUCCUCGACACACUAUUGGUGUUAGUAGUGAGCCCUUUGGUCACUCUAACGAUAGUCUAUGCUCUGCUCCUGAUUCGAUCUCGUAUCCGAAGACGCCGAUGGAGAGCACCGAAGUCUGUCGUCGAAAGACUCCCAGUGAGGACUUACCAGACCAUUCAGUCACCUGGAAACCAAUCUCCUAGAUUACCAAGCCCGACAAGCUCAUCUGUCACAACCCCGCUCCUUCAAAGCUCAUCUCCUAUGAGACCACGACCACGAUCCAGAACGACGACGGGAAUACCAGAGCCUGGAGAUUUAAUUCGCGUCAAUUCACACCCCCUGCAAAUACCAUCACAAACACCUCGACCUCCAGAGCACGAGAAGAAUGCGAGCGAAUCGAGUGAGUGGAGAAAGCACAUGAACAAACAAGUGGAGUGCGUCGUUUGUCUUGAAGAGUAUGUCGAUGGGGUCAGUCGGGUGAUGAGUCUGCCUUGUGGUCACGAGUUCCAUGUUGAUUGCAUUACACCGUGGCUAACCACUCGACGGAGGACUUGCCCCAUAUGCAAAGGCGACGUCGUUCGUUCUCUUGCCCGGGGCUCCCCAUCGAGUCCUCGCUACGAACCGUAUCAUGAUGACAGUGACGACGAUAUCCAGGCCCAAGCAGCUGAGACAGUAAAUAACUCUUCAACCUCUGCACUCCCUAUCGAUGGCACUCUUGAUGAGGAGGAUGUAGAACAAGGCAUUGUUUCUCCAACACCCAACCGUCCACAAAGAACGGACCGAACAGGAAGUUGGAGAGGUCUACUGGCCAGCAGUCUUGGAUCAACAUCACGAAGUCCAAGGCCACCUCAAGAAGAUCGAGACCGAUAG